AUGCUUAUCAUCUUGGACACCAAUGCAACCCCUUUCACUCGCCUGUGGUGUGCCUUUGAAGCUUACACUGCUCUGAGUGACAGGAGGAACGGACAUCAGCAUCUACUCCUCGACAUUGCAACGAAGAUCCCCGGAAUUGAAGCUGCAGCUCUGCUCACCGAUGGUCUCACAGUGGCCGAGCAGCAGCUCGAGAGUGCACUCGAGGAGCAUCAAGGACCUUCAAAAGGCCCCCCGAAAGAAGGCGGCGUGGGUGCGAACCUGGCAAAGCGAUUGCAGCUCUACAGGCAGCGAGCUUUCACGCUCGAGGUCUUGAGUAGGGGCCUACAGCCCAAGCUUCAUGAGGCCCAGGCCUCUAAAGAGGAGGAUCGCAGGCGCAUUCUAAACAGCAUCGUGCAGAAGAGCGACUUAGACUCUGAGCCUGACAGUCAGCAUGUCAAUUAUGAUACCGUCAACACAUCCUUGGGGGGCAUCUUUGCAAGAGCUGGCCUGGAGCAGGCACUGCUCAAGGGACAGGUCCAAGAGUUGUCGUUCCACGAAGCCCUUCGUGCAGACAAGAGCUGUUCGGAGUUGAAGCUGGACUUGACGCACAUGUUGCCCAGCGAUGUGCAUCUCGCAGACUUGGGAUUGUGCUUUCCCCAGUCCCUGCGACGGCUGCAGAUGGACUUAAGCGGCUGCGAGAAGGUGACUGCGAAGGGCUUUGCUGCCUUGGCAGCUGGCUUUCCUGCUUCCAUGAAGCAUCUUCAAGUUGAUUUUCGGAGUUGCGCGAAGCUCUCAGAUGAGGAUUUGGCUGUCCUUGGGUCAAGGUGGCCCAAAGAGCUUCAGGACUUAGAACUGAGCUUCCUCUACUGCCGCAAGAUCGGCGAUUCCGGGGUCGCCGUGCUAGGAGAGGGACUUCCACACUCGCUGCGGCAGUUGAAGCUUGACCUCACUAGCACUGGACUUGGGGAUGCUGGUGCGGCGCGUCUGGCAGCUUGCCUUCCCAGCGAGCUCCGAUGCCUGGAUCUGGAAUUCAGGUAUUGCAACAUCGGCGAUGGAGGUUUGGCAGGAAUUGCAGCUGGCCUCAAGAAGCUGAAGCAGUUGGAGCAUUUCCAGAUUUCAAUGCGGAACUGCUUGAACUUGGGUGACGCUGGCUUGGUCUCCCUGUCAGUGGCAUUGCCAAGAUCUUUGCUGUUCUUGCAGCUGAACUUUGCCAACCUUUCGUGCAACCUUUCGGAUGCAGGGCUGGCCGCCCUGGCGCACAGACUGCCAGAAAACGUGACGGAGUUGUGCAUUCAGUGCAACGGCGCCAGUCGCAUCGGUUCUGCCGGGCUGGCCGCUUUGGCUGCAGGCUUGCAGAGGCUGGGACCAAAACGCUUGCAGCUGGACUUUGGCUUCUGCUUGGAGCUUGAAGACAGUGGGCUCGCGGCCCUUGGCUCAGCACUUUCCAUGCUUGCACUAGAGGAGUUGAAAGUCGACUUUGGCUUUACGAAAUUCAGUGACUCCGGCCUUGCUGCGUUUGGUGCUGGACUGCCCUUGGGGCUGCAACGUUUGAGCAUGAACAUGGAGUUCUGCGGGUACAUGUCUAUGGGGCAGAAGGACGAGAUGUUCAGCGAUCCCUCUCUGUUCCGUGCUUGGGCCGCCAAGUGGCAUGAGGUCAACGUUGCUGUGCCCCCGGCUUCUGCCUUCGGCGGUGAGUGGCCGGUGGCAGCUGAGCCAGCCAUCGCAGCAGAAGCUGCCUCCGAGCCUAGGCUGGACAGUGUCGAAACAGAAGGCACUGCCUCCGAGGUUUUGGACAGAAGCCUGCAGCUGGUGGAACCACGUGUGCCACUGCCGGCUGUGCCUUGCCUUUGUGUUGCACUUCGCUGUUGUCAACGUGCGCUACGAGAACUGAAGCUUGGCUGGAAGUCCGAAGCGAUCGCGGACUCGCACCUUGAUAUGCUGAGCUCAGCAUUGCCCAGUACAUUGCAAGGCUUAGAGCUGAAGUUUCAGGCAUGUGAACACAUCGGCGACGAUGGGUUGGCUCUUCUGGGUGCCAGGUUCCCGGGUCAGCUCCAAUAUGCACAGCUCCACUUCACGCAAUGCAAAAGAGUGAGCGAUGUGGGAGUGAGGAAGCUUGUUUCGGCUCUUCCACAGAAUUUGAGGCAUCUGGAGCUCUGUCUCUACGCUUGCCAGAGCCUCACAGACGCUGGGUUGGCCGGUCUUGCAGUCGGGCUGUCAAGCCUGGCACUUCUGCAAGAACUCGUGCUGUCCUGGAGCUUCUCAGAGAAGAUCACCGAUACUGGGCUGGCUGCUUUGGCGGCGGUGCUGUCCCCGUCUUUGCUGCGCCUGGACCUUGACAUGCAGAAGUGCGGCAUCGGCGACACCGGGCUGUCAGCCUUGGCACGUCGAUUGCCGAGAGGGCUUCAGCAUCUGCGGCUGGGCUGCUUCCCGUUGCCCAAGCUGGGCGAUGCCGGAGUACAGGCCCUUGCAGAUGGCCUCCCACCUGAGCUCCGGGAACUCAGCCUCGACUUUUCUGACUGUCCCGAAAUCGGCGAUGCUGGGCUCAUUGCUUUGGGUGCGAAUCUUCCUGCCAAGCUGGAGGCUCUGGAUCUACGGCUCUUCAACAACACGAGGAUUGGGGUUCAUGGAUUUGCCGGGCUGGCGAAGGGAUUGUCGGAUCUGGCCAUCUCAGGCCUGAGGCUAGUUUUGAGAUUCUGUGCAAAUCUCUGCGACACCGGCUUGGCUGAAAUUGGGAAAAACCUGCCGAAGCGCCUGCGACUCUUAGAUUUGGACAUGACGGUGUGUGAGAAAGUUGGUGAUGCUGGCCUCCAGGCGCUGACAGUGCUCGACUGCUUGCAGCUGCGGUUGUCGCAUUGCCACAUUGGAGAUCCUGGUCUGGCCGCUCUUGGGAGAAACCUGCCGGAAGGUUUGCAAGAGCUGCAGCUGUCGUGCUCUUGUUGUGAAAGAGUUACCGUUGAGGAGUCCAGCCUUGUUAUCACCGAUGCUUCCGAAUUUCGAGCUUGGGCCAUAGAGCAGCCCCAAGAAGGGCAUGCUGAGUAG